AUGGAUAGUAAAAAACCUUAUUUCAAACCUAACAUAUUUUCCGACUCUUCAUCUGAUAGUAUAGAUGCGUUUUUAAAAAAGUAUAACAGAGCAGCUUCUAUUAAUGGCUGGUCUGAACAAGAAAAAUUGCAAUACAUACCUGCAUUUUUAGAGGGCCCAGCACUAACUUUUUACGAAAACAUCGAAAAUCAAAAUUUAAAUAAAUGGGCUGACUUAGAAAAACAACUUCGAAAUGAAUUCGAACACAUUGCUCAUAAAGACAUGCUUCGCUUAUUACUCGAUAAAAGAAAGCAAUUAGAUGAUGAACUCCCUAUGGCAUUUAUUAAUGAAAUUGAAUCACUUUGUAGACGUAUUGAUUCUGAAAUGGCUCAACAAGAAAUAACCAGAUAUAUAAUGAAGGGUCUUAAACCAAAUAUUGCCAGAUAUAUUGGAAUAUUAGAUAAUUCAACAUUAAAAUUGUUAAAAGACAAUAUAAGAAAAUACGAAAUGGUAGAAUUUAUGAACUUAAAAAAAUCAAUGCAAAAAUUACACGAUUUCAAAAUUGCUAUCCCUACAAUUGCAUCAGGCAUAGACAAAUACAGAAUUUCACAUUCAACAUUCGACAUAAUCGUAAUGAAGUUCACACAUCUACUCAUUCUUUUGCAAUUACACAUGGCACAUGGUUUUAUUGCAUAUGACUGUAAUGGACCAAAAAUCAAUAUAACAUCGUUUAAUAGCCUCUCUGUGGAACCAUGCGAACCACCAUCAGAAAUCAACACCCAAUUAAUUCAAAGAAUUCAACUCCUACAAAAAACAGAUACCUAUCUAAUACCCUAUAAAACAUGCUCAACAAUAACAAACUACUUUAUAAGUAGAUGUUCACUUUUAGAAGAUGCUCAAAUGGUUGAUAAUGGAAACUUCACAGAAAUAAUUGAAUUAGGUAGUGCUCGGUGCUCUGAAAUACACCAAAAACUAUCAUACCACCUACCAAACGGAGGGAUAAUUACACAAUUAAAAAUUAACGAAACAACAUUAUCAUCCGUCACAUUGGCCGGUUUUGUAGACAGACAUGGAAACUGCAAAGGCACUACAUUUUCAUCUGAGAAAGGUACAUGGCAAGAAGCUAUAGUUCAAGCUAACUAUAAAAUAACUCUCACCGAAGGAUUGGCCGUGGUAAACCACAAACAAAACACAUUAACCCUCCCAACCGGUUCAACUUUAAAAUUAUCCAACCAAUACGGUUUGGAUAAUUAUAAAGGGGAGGUAGUAUGGGACGCAAAUACUUAUGAUUGUGAAACCCACGAAUUCACCAUUCUAUAUGACGGACAUGCAACAUUAAUAACUUCGACAUCAGUAAUAACUUUAUACACAGAUCUAAUCCAAAAACAAUGUGAAUUAGAACGAAAAGUACUACUACACAGACCAACAUUAGCCACAUAUAGCCUAUCUGAAUUCGCAUACUCUAUGGGCGAAGGUCCGGGAUAUACUGCAUUAAAGGCUGGAGAAAUCAUAUACCUACUGAAAUGUAAACCAGUAGAAGUCGAAAUCUCACAAAAAAAUACAAUUUGUUAUGACGAAUUACCAGUUAUUUACAAUAAUCAAUCAUAUUUCAUGGCGCCUAAAACAAGAACUUUACAAAAAUUUGGAACAGAAUUAGAUUGCAAUCAUAUAUUACCAUCUGCAUUUUUACUUGAUGGAGAAUGGUAUACCACAUCACAAAAUAUUAGAGAAAUAAAAAGACCACAAACUCUUAAACCUUCUACAAAAUGGACAUGGACAUACAAAAUAUAUUUUGUAGUUAAACCAAAAAAAAAAAAGAAAAUGAAGAAGAAUAAUAUUCAGCAAAACAUUUUUGUGAAAUUAGAUGCCAAUGAUGGACUCAAAAUAGAUAAUGUAAUUGAAACUACUACUACUGAGUCUGUUAUUGAUUCAAAAACUUUUGAUAUUUUAAAACAACCAGAAAACAAGGAUAUUAAGAAUAAUAAUCAUAAAUUUGAAAAUGAAGAAAAAAAGAGAAUUAUUCUAAAACCGGGAGAGUUAUUACAGCAAUCAGAAGAGACCCAAAAAACGUUAAUUCAACACGAACCCGUUAUUGAAAAUACAGCUUCAAAGUUGCACAGUUAUUUAGAAAAUUUACCCUAUGCUGAAGGACAGUGGAGUGUUAAAAACCCAACUGGAAAAAAAGUGUAUUCUAAAUUAUUUUUAAUACAACUUGGUAGUGAAGCCAUCUGUCAAAAGAAACCUGAUGUAUUAAGUAACUGGACUAAUUUAACAACAUUUCCUAGUGCACCACACAUAAGUUGCUUAGGUGGGAUGGUACGUAAUUUACCAAAAUUUCAAAGUGCUAGAACAACUAGAUUUAUGCCUUCCUAUUUUGAACCGGGUAAUAGUCAAUGUGGUAGUGAUAUGCCUAUUAUGAAACCAGGUGCCAAACUCAAUAGUAGUCAAGGAAAAACAGUAAAACCCAGCACUAUUCAUGUAUCUCUUUCCUUAAGAGAAGAAAUUAAAUUAAAUCAGUCUGGAAAUGCUUGGGUUCCAACAGCUGCUAAAAAAGCCACCAAGUCUGAAGUACUUAAAAUAAAAAAUGAAGAAGAACAAAAGAAUGAUGAAGUAAACAAAAGUGUUUUAUCAAUUUUGAAUAAAAUAACUCCUGAUAACAUGGCUUCAUUAACUGAGAAUUUUAAAGCAUUGCCAAUUAACACUAUUGAACGUCUGGAGAAAACUAUUGAUUUAGUUUUUGAAAAGGCAAUAGAAGAACAAAGUUUUGCUCCUCUUUAUUCAUUUUUAUGUUCAGCUAUGCAAUCGGUACAAGUUAGUUCUAAGUAUGGUAAAACUGUAACUUUUAAGAAGUUAAUAAUAAGUAAAUGCCAAAGCCUAUUUGAAUUAUAUAAGGACCAAGAAAUGGAUUUUGUUAAAAAACUCACUGAAAUCAAUUCGUGCAAUAAUCCAAAAAAGAAAAAAGAACUUCAAUUCGAAUUUGAAGAAAAUGAAAGAAGAAUGCGCAAACGUUCUGUAGGAAAUUGCAGAUUUAUAGGUGAAUUAUUUAAACAAAAAAUACUUUCCCCAAAUAUUAUGUUGUAUUGCAUCGAGAAUUUAGUCACUAAACAUGUUGAAGAACCACUUGAGUGUUUAUGUAAUUUAUUAAAGACUGUUGGAAAAGAAUUGGAACAAUCGUAUAGUUUAAAUGAUACUUUUGAUAAACUGAAAGAUUUAACAUCCAGAAACAUGAAAUCUAAGAUUCCAUCUAGAAUAAAAUUCAUGAUACAGGAUAUCAUUGAUUUACGUAGAAAUAAAUGGAUACCCAGGCGUAUCGAAAGCAAACCCAAAAUGAUAAACGACAUAGAAAAUGAUGUCAAAAGUAAAGCAAUUGAACUACAAUCUAUAUCACUAGCUCAUAAUAGACCUGAACAACAAGAUGACCAUCGUGGUGAUGACAAAUUCAGGGGAGGCAAAAACAAAAGUCACCGUGGAUAUAAGAAUGAGCAGAAUAUUGUUCAAAAUAAUACUAGGUAUAAGCAACACAAUUACACUAUUGACCCUUCUAAACUACAAUGUUUCAAGGAAAACACAUCUGGAACAACCUUAGGCCCAUUUAAGCGGUCAUUUACCAAGGGCAAAGACAUGACACUUACUAGCAGUAACCCAACUGCAGUAAUUAUUAAUGAUAACAAAUCAAAAAAUUCUCCACAAAUUAUCUUAAAUAAAAACACAUCAAGAAAGCUAGUUAUAUCUGAAACUGAAGAAAGACAAAGAAUGAUGUCUGGCCUAGCGAGUAUGAUGACUCAAUUUGCUCAACCCACUCCUUCAAAAAAUUCUUCUGGUUUACAACAGCCCAGAGAGACUGUUGAAGAACCAGUGUCAGAUUUAUUGAGCAUAGAAAUGGCUAAUAAAAUUAAUAUGAAAUGUAAAAACAUCCUUCUUGAAUAUGAACAAAUGCAAAAUUUAGAAGAUAUAAUUUAUUUAUUAUUGGAAGAUGAAACUUCGGUGAUCUGCACAAGGCAUGAAGAGUUUGUGAAAUCAAUGUCACUUACGACCUUAGAUAGUAAUCCAAUUACUAGAACAACAGUGGCAGGAAAAAUUUUUGCAGAACUUUUAUCUAAAAAAAUUAUUUCUGUGGAGGCCAUAACUCGAGGAAUUGAUGCUGUUCUUAAAGAUUGGAAUGAUUAUUUGAUAGAUUACCCUCAAUUUUUCUCGUAUAUUGCUGCCAUCGUUGCUCCAUUAUUAUUAUCACGAAAUGCUUCCUUCGAUUUUAACAAUUUAAAAGACUCUUGUACAUCAAUACGACCAGACCACUCUGGUAAAUUUUUCACAGAAGUAUUAAAUAAAAUUCUUAGUUCUAUGAAAACGCAGACCAUUAAAGAACAUCUAGGUGGUAUACUGUGGAUUUACAAUAAGUGGAAGACAUCAGAAUAUGUUCCUCUAGAUGUAUUUAUGCCUAAUAACCAAAUAAAUAAAUAUUUUGAAAAUAAUAGAAUUGGAGUAUUCUUUUUAUCUAUUGCUAUGUAUGAUAAAAUGAAGAUGACUGAUAGUAAACAACUUUAUAAUGUAAUGCGUAGUUGGAUAAGUACUUGUUUUAGUGCAGAAAUAAUAAAAUACCCUCAGUUUGUGCGAGCACUAACUAUAGCUAUUAUCAUCGUAGGUUCAAAACCGAAUCAUUCAUUCGAGGAUGUCUUUGAUCAUGUUCAUAUGAAACUGUUGAAAUAUUAUAUUCGGUUUGAACUACUUCCAGACCCUGAAAUCCAGGCAAAAGAAGUACAAUGUCUGUACGGCAUUCAAAUUAUAUCUGCUGCACUUGAACAUCCUGGAGGUACGUUAUCAAGACUGUUCUAUAAGUUCUAUCAAGAUAAUAUUAUAAGUAAAAAAUCAUUCGAAUUAUGGAAAAAAGAAGACAAAUUCAAAGAUGGAUUCAAUGAAGACUUAGAAACAAAACCUAUGGCUCUAGUAGUUUCAAAUUCAUUUUUCCUACUUGAAGCAAACUAUUCUGAUGAGGAAAAAACACCUGAGUAG